AUGAGGCCGCACGCCGAGCAGUACAACGUCGAGCUCACCACCGUGGACUCCGUCCAGGGCCGGGAGAAAGAGGUUGUUCUUUUGCUCACUACAAAAACUCAUUUUAAUCCAGAUGCGGACACCUUCAUCAACGACUACCGGCGCCUAAAUGUGGCUACCACCCGCUGCCGCCAUGGCCAGUUCGUUUUUGGGCAUGCGAAAUCGCUCCGGGCACUGCCGACAUGGAACACCCUGCUGCAAUGGGCUUAUUCGCUCCGCGCCGUCGUCACUCAAUCGCAAGUACUCCGGUACUUUGAACCGUGA